UCAUGCCAGAAUCGACACCACUGUCAACCUACGCACAAGAGAAAAUGAAUUCGGCACGCAUAACCGCGUUUGUUUUGGUUAAGACGCGACUCACUGAGCAAGUAAUCUAUACACGUCUUUUAGGCGCUAUUAUUCUAAGCCGCAACUGUUAUUGAGGGGAUAAGCCGUCUCCCCGAUCUACCCUCACCCAUCAGACACCAUGACCACGAGGUCUUGGUGGAGGCAUGGUGAGAGUUACCGUAUGUCAAGGCUGAGGACAAAGAAUUCUCCAUUGUACAUCGGUGGUAUAGGCAAUGAUACCAAUACAGACAACGAACUGUCGCGUCAAUGGCUCGUCCACACUGCCUUAGAUGCACUGGAGGAGCGACUGGCAUCGAAUAACUCUAAUACCACAGGAGCUAAUACGAAUAAUACUCGCACAGACUUGCGUGACUUGUACUUGGGGCUGCUUUAUUCAACUGAUACACAUAAAAUCUACGGCUAUGUGACAAACACCCGCAUCAAGCUUGUGUUGGUGACGAGUUCUACCUCACCUAGCGGCAGCAACAUACGCGAUGCUGAAGUCAGGACUGCGUUGCGUCGCUUGCACGCGCUGUAUGCUGACGCAAUCUGCAACCCAUUCCAUUUACCUGGCGAUCAAAUAACCUCGUUGAAAUUCGAUAAACAAGUGAAGAACUUAAUGCUGAACAAUGUUUAA